GAGUUGCAUUCAAAAUCGUAUUGUUUACACUAUUUUUCGUAGUUUUUAUUUUCGAAUUUUGAAUAAACAAACAGUGCUAGUUGAAUUAGCUUUAGCUCGCUAUUAUCUUCUUUCUACUCGAUUCACAGUGCGUGCAUAUUUCUCUCCAUAGGGUCCAAAAUCUCAAUUUUGAUCUGGUAUUACCAGGCUCAGGCUCCCCUUGUUCCCAGUCGUUUGGAUCAAUACUUUUCAUUGUCACUGUAAAUUUACCAUUCCGCGACCGGUGUCGGUGGCGAAAAGGCCGGUGUCUUUCCCGAGUUAAUUCAAUAUUUGUAUUAGUUAUUUAUUGUUUGUUGUUGAGUUCACUGCCCCGAGUCUUCUGUUAAAUUAGUUGGUGAAGUUGAACAACAAGAUGUCUGGGGAACAGCGGAAAAGAAAAUGUCCCUCUAAAAGAGGCCAAAAAGACCUGGAAAAUCCUGGGAAUAGCAGACCUCAGGCCGAGAGCUCUGCUACGGCAGAUCUUAGCACUGAUUCCGAUGGGAACUCUAACCCAUCAUAUAACACCAUCCAUUCGCGCAACAUUGCUGCUCUAUAUAAUCGGCUGAAUGCUAAUCGACAGAUGGUUGUAGAAAAUCGCCUUCAGAAUCUCGCCGAUCGUCAACAGAUGGCCGCAGCGGCUAUACCGAAUAUCGCUGAAUACCGUAGGCGACAAGCCGCCCAAGCCCUUCGCAAUAAUGCUGCCGAACAGCCCCGUCGCCUUAAUGCUGCCGAACAGGUCCGUCUUGCGGCUGGUGUACAGAACAGACGUGCAGCUGCGGAACAGCCCCAGCAUGCGGUUGCGGAACAGCCCCAGCAUGCGGCUGCGGAACAGCCUCGGCAUGCGGCUGCCGAACAGCCCCGGCAUGCGGCUGCCGAACAGCCCCGGCAGGCGGCUGCCGAACAGCCCCGGCAGGCGGCUGCCGAACAGCCCCAGCAGGCGGCUGCCGAACAGCCCCGACCUAUGGCUGCUGAACAGCCCAGACGUGCAGCUGCCGAACAGCCCCGUCGUCCAGCUACUGAACAGCCCCAGCAUGCGGCUGCCGAACAGCCUCGGCGAGCAGCUGCCGAACAGCCCCGUCGUCAAGCUGCUGAACAACCCCGUCGUGCAUCUGCCGAAAUCCGACGGCCAUCUGCAUCUGGUAAUCGACGGCCUAUUCCGGUCGAAAAUCGACGGUCUUCUGCAUCCGAAAACCGCCCCCCAGCUGCGUCGGAAAACCGUCCUCCAGCUGCGUUGGAAAACCGCCCACCAGCAGCUGCGUCGGAAAAUCGACGUCCUCCCCAGUUAGAGAGUAGAAACCGCCAAACUGCUUCCAACAGUGGACUUCCGUCUUCUUCCGGCCAUCAGUCCGGCUCUGAUAAUGGACGCUCAAAUUAUCCGGAGACUCGACGUCCAACUCGUCCUAAUCUCGCUGAUAUGCAAAACAUUGCUCCCAAUAUGAUACGACAGCCUAUCGCUGUGCAAGCUCCAGUGCCAGUCCGGGUUCCUCUGCAACCACGGGGACAGAUCCCGCAGGCACCGCGCCCGCCUCCCGCAGCUGCUCCCAUCUCGGAUUAUCAAGCUCUAAUGAACAUAUUUCAAGGGCUUUCACUGCUAGACAGUACUGUCCGCAAAGUUCGAAACAACACUGGAGAAUUUCUGAACUUGCUGUCGUCUCACGUUACUGUGGAUUCCACGGGGAAUUUUAGACGCAUCGAGCCUGCAGCGAUUGCACUCUAUGUAGUGGGUGCAGAGGAAACUGGCAAAUGCUGCAACUGCAACAGAGAGGCAAAUACAGUAUGCGGAAAAUGCCGCGCCGCGUGCUAUUGCUCAAGCUUUUGCCUCCAGCGCGACUGGGGAAAUCAUGAAGAUCAGUGCAAUCUGGAAACUUUGACCAUGGUGCAGACAUCGGCUCAGCAGAAACUGCGCAUCUAGUAUGACGAUAUCAUCAAGAUCCAGAGGGUUCUUGGUAAGAUGUAUGCUAAUUGGGUGCGCCUGAUUCUUGGCUUUCGUAGACAGCGCCCGAUGUAAGAAGGUGGCGUCAACAUGGAUUGGUAAUCAGGUGUGAAAAUUGAGGAGGAUGUGAGUAGUUGUUGUGCUGGUACGGCCAUACGUAACUGAAGGACUGCUUUUACUUAUAAACAUUUUGUGUCUAUUUGUGUAUUAUCAACAUAAUUGUGUGUCUCUCCGUCAAAUAGUGUGCGCAUUUAUCCAGAUGUUGGAGGAAAUAAUUAAUUUAUUGUGUGUUCCUGCUUCAAUAUGUCUCCGAGAUUCCUGACGCUGUAAGUCAGCAGUGGUCAGUCCCACGUUGGUUUUCUGCUGGACGUUAGCCACAAUUACUGUGCACUAUGACGAGCUUAAUGUUUAUUCGUACAUUAAAUGUAAUGGAUGUCUAUCGCCGCAAUGGUGUAUAAUGUUAUUAAGUAGUCCUGUAGUCACACGUGAGCCCACUGCCCAUCAAUAUAUUGAAGAUGCAGCAUUCUACGGACACGUGUGACGAUGUGUGUACGGCUUUUCGUCCGAUUGAUUAUUAUAAUAAGUCUUAUAAGGCCUACGGUUUCAAUGGUAAUAAUUAUGAUCAAUAUGAUACGACUAAGAUUUAAGAUUUUUGAAUGUUUUAACGAAAUAGUAUGUAAGUAACUUUUCGGUUCUUGAAUACAAAAUUUAUGAUAUAAGAAAUACCCAAUUUGGCCACUGGUGAUUCUGAUGGACCGCACAUUAAUGAUUCAUCAUUGUGUGGAAAAUAAGAAUCACCCAUAAAAUCACGAAUUAGUCUACAGUACGAUACAUUUUAAUUCUUAUGUGUGUAGUUAACAAUGAUAUAUUUAAUCAAAUGAAUUCUCAGUGUCUCAGUGUCUUAUAUAGCCAUAGUUUAUAAGAAUACCAAAAGGCUCUGUCCUUCUGUGACUUCUGCACUCUGUGCACAUUGUGUAUCAAUUAUUGUCUUUUAACAUAUUAAGCAACUCUGAGUGAAGUAAUUAAUUCUGUAUUUGAUUGGCGUAUACAUUUUAAGCCACCGAUUAUAAUAUGUGUACCUAACUGUAAGGUUUUAAAAUAAGAUAUGUGAACUCAUCUAUAUCAUUUUAAUCAAGAUAUUCUGUGAGAAACGAUAUGUCAUAUUCAUCUAUUUAGCCCGACGUCACCCAUUAUGGGUAUCAAUAUAUCAUGUAGUAGUUAGUGAUGGGUAAUAAUAAAAUAAAACGUCCUUAA